UAGCUAUUAAAGGGCAUACUCUUUAGCAAAAAAAUCAUACUCUUUGUUCUUUUGUUUUUAAGAAGUUCAUGGAAGGCAAUAGUGGUUGCUGUUUUUGUAGUCUAUAAAUCAAGAAGAGGGGGGAUCAUGACAACUAAUUAAUUAGCAAACAAAGGUUCAUAUAUGGCUGAUCAGAGUUCAAAUUAUCCAUCUCACAAUUCCACACAAAAUCACACAAAUAAACCAAUUUCAUCCUUCUUAGGUUCUCCAAGAAUUUUUAAUGGCCUUUUGACUAGAAGUCUAUCUGACAUUGGAACUAUCCAAACAAGUCGAGAUCGACGGUAUGACAAUGAAAUUGUCACUAGCCCAAAUUCCCUUCUUGAUGGCAUGCAAAAUCUCAAUAUUGGGAAUCCUUUUGGUUAUGAUAGAAAAUCACCAAACCCCAUCAAUAAAAAGCUCCCAAUCAUUAAGACAACUCCAAACAACAUGCCUCGGUUUCAAACAAGUCAGGAUCGACUGUAUGAUGCUGAAUGCAUUGUUAGCUCAAAUUCGACACUUGAUGGCAUGCAAAAUGACAAUCUUGGAAACCCUUUUGGUUAUGAUAGAAAACCACCAAACCCCUUCACUAAAAAGCCUCCAAAUAACAAGCUGGAAUCAGAAAUUACUUCUACGUCUCAGUUUCAAACAAGUCAGAAUGGGAACCUUUUUGGUUAUGAUAGAAAACCACCAAACCCCAUCACUAAAAAGCAUUCAAAUAACAAGAUGGAAUCAGAGAGCAUUGGACUUGCUCUUAUUGAUCCAAAAGUAACUAGUGAAAAAUUCCAUGUCCUAUUUGGAGCAAAGUUAAAAGUUGAAAUCCCUUGUUCAAUUGAGGUGAAAAAUAGUACUUGUGGGGAUUUAGAUGAAAUGGAGAGUUCAGAGGACUAUACUUGUGUGAUUACUCAUGGUCCUAAUCCAAAAACAACUCAUAUAUUUGAUAAUUGCAUUAUUGAGAGCUCUUGUGGAGUUAGAAAGUUGAGGGAGAAUUCUUGCAAAGUUGAUCAUACAAAGGGCAAAGGCAUCUAAUAUGUAAGUACAUGAUUAUGAGGGCCUUUUGAAGCCAUAAAUCAAGGGGGGAUGAUGAAUCAAGAAAUGGAGGACUAGUGAUUUUUCUUUUUUUCAUCCUAAUCUGUUUUUUUGGUCACUUUAACAAAGAAUUUUGGCAUCUUUUAGAAGUGGAUAUGAAUGAAAUCAAAUUUUCCAAUUUUUGACAAAUUAGUCAUGACUAGACCCCUAUGGUGGACCAAAAUGAAGGUUGUUCUUCCAUCAAAUAUAACGUGACUUUGUUGGA